CUCGUAACAAUCACAACUGUCAAAAUCCACACGUUUUCUUGGCGUUGUGUGCUAUCCGGUGUUACAUUUUUAUAGAGUUUAACUUUUAUUUCGGCUGUUAUCAUGUAAAGCUUUCUGUGGGACUCUUGUCCGAUGUUCAUUUAUAAGUUCCUGUCUGGUUUUAUAUUAAACAACGCAAGGAUCAUGUAGCUGCUCAGAAAGGUUGUGAAGAUGUUUCCAAUAGCGCCGCCGACACCCAUUUAACACAUACAGAUACAGAUGGACCACACAUAGAGAGCAGACGUCAGCAUGGCGCCCGAGACCGAGCCCGGCCCGCUGGCCCUCAAACUGACCACCAAACUGACCACGAUCGAUUUAGUCGGCGGCAUCCUCUGUAGCAUUUGCCGCUUAACAUUUAAAAAUAAAAAAGAUUACGACUUGCACUAUUUCCAGCAUAAUCUUGGUGGAGACGAAAUCGUCUAUACAUGUGUGGUUUGUCUUAAAGAUAUUGCGGGCUACCCGAGUUUCCGCGGACACUGCUAUACCUCACAUGUCAUCAAGGAAAGAUUCAAAUGCGAGCAUUGCAACAAGCUGUUUUCUAAAUCAGGAGCCCUAAAGGACCACAUCGCAUCUCUACACAAAUUUGAAUGCUCAUGCUGCAAGAGAGAAUUCCCAACUAAAAAAGAAAUGCAGCUGCAUAAAAUAAUCCACAUGAAUGACAAACCUCCGUUCAACUGCCAUACUUGCAACGAGAAAGUUGACUGCAUUGAUGCGUGCGAGCAGCACAUCGACAAGCACUCCGUCUCUCUCUACUCUUGCCCCAUCUGCAGCGAGAAGAUUGACAGCAAAGCGGCAGGCGUCGAUCACCUCGCUAUACAUUUUGGCAACGUACUUAAUUCAAAUGACAGCGAUUCAGAUUCCGAACAUGACAAUGACAAACCAGAAGACAGUUCAAUUGAUUUGCUCGGUGGCAUUCUCUGUUCCGUCUGCAGUGAAAUCCAUAAGAACCGAUCAGAGAUAGACCUGCACUUCAGUCAGGAGCACCCGGAGAUGAGCGUGGUGUAUGGGUGUAACAUCUGCGGCAAGGACUUCGAGAAGUAUACACAGUUCGGACAACAUUGCUAUGAGCACAUCAGCAAAAAUAGAUACAAAUGCGAGUCCUGCGAGAAGUCAUUCAGCCGGCUGGCGCGCCUGGUGACGCACACGGAGGCGUUUCACGCGCGCGGCGACGGCAGCAGCAAGCCGCUCAGCUGCCAGCACUGCCCGCAGCAGUUCGCCAGCGAGUUCCGCUUCCGGGAGCACCAGAGACUAGAGCACGACAUCUGCGUCAUCAUGUGCAGCCAGCCUGGCUGCGGGGAGAUCUUCGAAACGCCGAAAGAGCUGGUCCUGCACCAGAAGCGGCACAGCCUCCCCAGCGACCUCUGGUGUCGGCUGUGCGGGCUGCAGUUUUCGUCGCGCGCCACGGCGGAGCGCCAUCUGGACGUGCACCGGAAGAAGACCUUCUCGUGCCCCGUGUGCGCGCGCAAGUACGGCGAGAAGUACCUGCUCAUGAAGCACGUGCCGCAGCACUUCGAGACCGUCAUCCACAUGUGCAAGGUGUGCGGCAAACUCUACAACGCCAAGAACCGUCUCAUCCAGCACUCCAAAACGCACGCUAACGUCAAGAAUUACAAGUGCUCGUUCUGCGCCAAGGGCUUCACCUCCAUAUACAAGCUCAAGCAGCACCAAAACAUGCACACCAACAUCCGCCCAUACCGGUGCACUGUCUGCACCAAAGACUUCAACAACUACUCCAACUGGUACAAGCACCUGAGCAAAAUACACAAGAUCGACCCCAAAACUGUGAAGAAACCCGUAUUCAACGUUGAGAAAGAAAAUGUCGCUAAACAGAACAGUGUUCAGAACGAUUUGAUGGAUAUGGAAUCUUUGAGUGUGAACAUAGACAUGCGGGAGUUGGAAGGGGACGGGCUGAUGGGUGGGAGCGGGAUGAAGGAGAGCUACCUGUUCCUGGAGCCGGGGACUGAGGCGGUGGACCUGGACAGCAUCAACCCGUCCAUCGCGCCGGGGACUGUGGCCGAGUUCGCCACCUUCGUCGCAGGCGCAAUGCCCCCCGCCCCUGCCCCCGCCCCCGCUAUGCCCCGCGAGUACGGCCCCGACUUCACUGUGACCGAGGGCGCCGACCUGCUCCACCUCGACGACCACAUGCUGCCCCACAUCGACCCCCUGCUGCCCCACAUCGACCCCCUGCUGCCCCACAUCGACCCCUACGGGCCCCGAGACAAGUGGGAGCCCUUCAUUGUGACCAAGUACCAGGGGCGGGCCAACACAGACAUAUAUUAA